AUGGCGGCCAAGCCCAAGCUCUGGUACUUCCGAGGCAGGGGCAGGAUGGAGUCGAUCCGCUGGCUGCUGGCUGCAGCUGGAGUGGAGUUUGAAGAAGAAUUUCUGGAAACAAGAGAGCAAUAUGAGAAGUUGCAGAAGGAUGGGUGCCUGCUCUUUGGCCAGGUGCCCCUGGUUGAAAUUGAUGGGAUGAUGCUGACACAGACUAGAGCCAUCCUCAGCUACCUGGCUGCCAAGUACAACUUGUACGGGAAGGACCUGAAGGACACAGUCAGGAUCAACAUGUACGCCGACGGCACUCUGGACCUCAUGAUGAUGAUUGUGCAGGCUGCCUUCAAACCCCCGGAGGAAAAAGAGGAGAACAUUGCUUUCAUUGUGACCAAAGCUAAAACCCGUUACUUCCCGGUGUUUGAAAAGAUUUUGAAAGACCAUGGAGAGGAUUUCCUUGUUGGCAAUGCAUUCAGCUGGGCAGACAUACAACUGCUAGAAGCCAUUUUAAUGGUGGAAGAACUCAAUGCUUCUGUUCUCUCGGACUUCCCUCUGCUAAAGGCAUUUAAAACAAGAAUCAGCAACAUCCCUACAAUCGAGAAGUUCCUGCAGCCUGGGAGUCAGCGGAAGCCACCCCCGGACAGCCACUACAUUCAAGUGGUCAGGCACAUUCUGCAGUUCUGACGGCAGUGGGUCUUGAAUGGAAAACGGUCAUGGUCCAGUUGCAGCAAUGGCAGUGCCCGAGCUCACUGUGGAUUCUAGGUGUAAAAUGUUUGAAAAGAACAGAACCACACUGUCAUCAACAGCAAA